AUGUCACAACAUCAAGAUACAUCUGCUUCUAAAAAUACUAAGUAUACUCCCAAAUUUAGUGUUCCUCCCAUGGGCGUCCCUGAUGAUGAGAUUCUAGAUGUUGCUCCUUUCUCUGUUAUUCCCGCCGUGGACAUUGAUUUAAACCAACCCAUCUCCAUUGAUGCCUUUGCUUCUGCAUGUUCCAAUCAAGGUAAUCCCUCUAGUGUUCCGUCUGGUUCAACUCCUGUCACUAAGUAUAAGGAAAGAACACACUAUACUAAUCGUGUUAUAAGAGACAUAAUUACUAGAAUUCUUAAUGAAGGCCACUCUGUGAAGGGGGUUUCUACUCCCCUUGCUCAAAUGUAUCCCCCUCCUGAGGUUGAACAACCUAGUGGUAAGGGUGAUGAUUCCUCCAGUUCUGAAAAGGCCUUGGUUGCUGAAGGGUUGCGCUCUCUAGGGCAAACCAUGUCUGACAAAGGGAAAUAUGUGGCCUCUAACACGGCUAAUGCUUCCCACUUUGAGAAACAUGAUUAUGCAAAUGUUGUGAUUGAUCUAGAGGAUGGUAGCUCUGAUGAUCAAGAGGAAAGCUUGAUUCAUCACAUAAAGCCAAGUGUGGCUAAACGCAUGAAGACUCGCAAAGGAAAAUCUAUGGCUAAACUUAUGCCAGCUAGAGAAGCUAAGAAGACUGUUGUCAUUGGUCCCUCCAAACCAUGGAGCAAGGUUGAAAUAAAGAAGAGGAAGGUCAGAGAUGAUUCUAAUCCUGAAGAGGAUGUUGAGGAAGAUGUCCCUGACAUCUCGCCUGCGAAGAAAACUACUGUUAGGAAGUCUCCUGUUAAAGUACUUGUUGUUCAUUUGGAUAACAUCUCCUUCCAUCUUGAGGAUGGAGCUGCUAAGUGGAAAUUUGUGAUUCAGAGAAGGGUAGUUGUGGAAAGGGAAUUGGGAAAAGAUGUUUCUGAUGUCAAGGAGGUCUUGGACCUGAUACAAGUUGUUGGGCUUUUGAAGACUGUUGCUGGGUUCUCUCAAUGCUACGAAGAUUUAGUCAAGGAAUUUAUUGUUAAUAUUCCUGAGGAUAUUUCUGAUAAUAGCAGCAAGGAGUUCUACAAGUUUUAUGUAAGGGGCAGAAAUAAUGAGGGUGCAGGAGAAUUAGAGGUUACAGACAAUCAAGUCUAUAGGGAGAUUACAGCUAAGCAGGUGAAAGUUUCUCCUUUUAAAAAGCAUCUUCCUGCUGGGAAGUUGACUAUCAAGUAUGCUAUCUUGCAUAAAAUAGGAGUUGCUAACUGGGUCCCUACCAACCAUAUCUCCACCAUUGUUAAUACUCUUGGGAGCCAUGAAGAAGAAGCUGAAGCCCACACCUCUAGUGAGAGGUCUGCUAACAAUGAUGAUGCGGGUGGCAAUUCUGCUUCUGGUGCUGCUGAAGAGGCUGCAAACUCAAGCUCUACUGAGUAG